UAGGGAACAUUUUUCAAGUUGAGCUAGGAGUUCUAUUUAUAGCGAUAAAUGAUAAAGUUUGUUCAUUCCCUUACUGCACACUGACGUUACACAAUCCGAACACUUGUGGUCUUCUGUUUAAGUGUGUAUUUCGGCUCCGUUACAAUGUUCCUCGCUAUAACGCUUCUCCUCGCCGUUGGCGUGUACGGCCAAGAUCCACUACACUGCAUACACAGCAACGUUGACAGUAUAGCAGCUGACAAGGUCAUCGAGACGAUCGUUGCUGACGCCGACGUUAACGGCGACCAUGAACUUUCUGCCCUUGAGGUUAUCAUUGAGUUCGUUGGAAAAUUUGAUUCAAACGGGGAUACUAUGAUCACAAAGAAUGAGUUUGUUACGAAAUGGCACGAGAUAUACCGAGAUGUUCCGGAAUUUGCCAACUACAUCUUCACGCAUCUGGACCAGACGAACGAUGGUUUCCUCGGGCUGUUUGACUUCGUUCCUCUCCAAGCCAUCAUGGACAUCGACCAUGACGGCAAAGUAUCGGACAUUGAGUUCACUAUAUAUUUGACUCACCUCUAUCAAGACUGUGUGCCAUUCAAGAUUCAAAAUACUGCUUGAACAUCAUGUGACGUCACUUCCUGGGUAAACCACCGUUUCGUUAUUCAUGCCUUAGUAUUUCUGACUGAAUGUGAAAAUAAAAUUUCGGUCCUGAACCA